UAAAGUCUUGUGAUCGAACAACUGACCAUAGAAAAAUAAAGAAUUUACUUGAGUGUACUUGUUAAAGUUGUGUAAAAAAACGCCUAUUUAGGCGAAUUAUUUAACUUAAAUAUAAAUUUAUUUUGCAAUAAAUAACAAUGGCAGAUCGCGCGAAUAUUAAUCAAAUAAUUCCAGCUUUGCCUGAAGAAAAACAUGAUAUGUUAGCAGCCACUAGUGUUCUUCAGCAGCAGGUUGCUGAUAUCAGGAGCCAAAAAAUAAACUGGCAGUCAUAUAAUCAAUCACAAAUGAUCUCCCAAGAAGACUAUGAUUUUAUCGUUGGCUUUGACACCAAUGACCCGGCAGUAAGAGAUGCGAAAUUGAAACAAAAUCCCAGCCAAGCAGCCAAGACCUUUUUGAAUUUGCUAAGCCACAUCUCCAAGGAUCAAACUAUACAAUAUAUUCUUGUCAUGAUUGAUGACAUGCUUCAAGAAGAUCGCAGUCGCGUGGAAAUAUUCCGCGAGCAUGCCAGCCGUAAACGCGAAUCAGUCUGGUCGCCAUUUUUGAAUCUGCUGAAUCGCCAGGACGGAUUUAUCAUGAAUAUGACAUCCCGUAUAAUUGCAAAACUCGCGUGCUGGAGUCACGCUCAGAUGGAGAGCGCUGAUCUACAUUUUUAUCUAACCUGGCUUAAAGAUCAGUUGAAAUUGAGCUCUGAUGCCGUGCAGGAGUCACACGUGUAUGCCGAGGUGGUGCAAGACGGCGUACCCACUGAGCCCGGGGAGGCGACCGAUCUCCAAGAAAUGCCCAGCCCGCAGAACAACGAGUACAUACAGUCGGUUGCAAGAUGUCUCCAAAUGAUGCUGCGUGUUGAUGAGUAUCGUUUUGCAUUCAUUUCCGUUGACGGAAUAUCAACACUCCUGAGUGUUUUAUCUGGACGCGUCAACUUCCAAGUUCAGUAUCAACUCAUUUUCUGCUUGUGGGUCCUUACCUUCAAUCCACUUCUUGCUGAGAAAAUGAACAAGUUCAAUGUAAUUCCGAUACUGGCUGACAUCCUCAGCGAUUCUGUUAAAGAAAAAGUAACUCGUAUAAUUCUCGCUGUAUUCAGAAACUUAAUUGAGAAAGUUGGAGACAGACAAGUAGCAAAAGAGCACUGCAUCGCUAUGGUCCAGUGCAAAGUAUUGAAGCAACUGUCGAUUUUGUGCCAACGUAAAUUUGACGACGAGGACAUUACAGAAGACAUUGAGUUUCUCAACGACAAACUCCAGGCUUCUGUUCAGGACCUGAGCUCAUUCGAUGAGUACUCGACUCAGGUGAAGUCCGGGCGGUUGGAAUGGUCACCGGUCCACAAGUCAUCAAAGUUCUGGCGUGAAAAUGCCAGCAGGUUGAACGAAAAAAAUUACGAGUUGCUCCGUAUCCUCGUUCACUUGCUGGAGACCAGCAAAGACCCGUUGGUAUUAAGUGUCGCUUCCUUUGACAUCGGGGAAUAUGUCAGACAUUACCCACGUGGAAAGCAUGUUAUUGAGCAAUUGGGAGGUAAACAACGCGUGAUGCAACUACUGAGUCACGAAGAUCCUAAUGUACGAUAUGAGGCUUUGAUUGCUGUUCAAAAGCUCAUGGUUCACAACUGGGAAUACCUCGGUAAGCAAUUGGAGAAAGAACAGACCGGAGCGAGUGGAACUUCAGGCCCAAAACCUGGAGCACAAGUUCCCGCUAAAGCGUAGAGUCGUUAUUAAAUAAACGUAUGGCAUGGAAUAUAUAUAUAAAUUUUAAAUUGUUAUUGUACUUUAAAUUAUUUUAUUAAUUAUGUAUUGGCUUUGAUUGGUUGGCUACAUUCCACUCAUUGCGACGCGAUCGCUCUGUUCCUCUGACAAAAUUAUAAGCAAUCUAUUUUUUUUUUUUCUUUACUAUACUGAUAAUUAAAUCAAAUCAAUGCCAUGUACAUACAUCAAGAAAAUUACUUGUAGAUAAAAAAAAUAUCUUGCGUUUGACACGCGGUAAUUAAUUAAAAUAUUAAGAGUAUAAAUUCUGUACUAUAAAUUAAAACAUUAAAGGCAAUUUCAAAUAGUGCCGCCACUUUUUAAAAACUCAAUUGUCAAAGCCGUAUUACAAUUUUAUUGAUCAAGGCCAUUCUCAAAUAGUGCCCCCACUUUUUUGAAAUAUUUAAUGACUUUAAAUUGUAAUGAAUGUAUUUUAAUUUUGAUAAUUAAUUUAAAAAAAGUUGCGCAUUAAUUGAAAAAAGCGCAACGCAGUUACAAUUCCACCGAGACAGAUUUUUAAAAAAAUUAUUUACAGUUGAUAUCAAUCAGGAGUUGAACAAAAUUUGGAAAAUAAAUUUCAGUAAAAUCUUGAUGUCAAUUUUAUAAUUCGAGAUUUAAAUUUUGGCGGCUAAAAUUUAUUUAAUUAAUUUUAUUUAACUCCUGGUAGAUUUUGACUGUGAGUAAUUUUUUUUAAAUCUAAAUUUCGGCGAAAUUGAAACUGUGUCCUUUUUUCAAUUAAUGCUUCAAUUUUUUUAAAAUUAAUUAAUAAAAUUUUAAUACAUUCAUUACAAUUUAAAGUCAUUGAAUAUUUUUUAAAUAGUGGGGGACUCGGAGAAUGUCCUUAACAAAAAAAAAAAUCGAAAAAAUGACAAUUUCGCCGAGACAUAGAAUUUUCAAAAAAUUACUUACACGUCAUCAAAUUUUUUGAAUAAAUUUCAGGCUACAAAAUUUGAAAAUUCGAAUUGUGAAAUCGCCAUGAUUUUACUGAAAUUUAUUUUCAAAAUUUCGUUUACCUCUCAAUUGACAUCAAAGUAAUUUUUUUUUUUUUUUUUAAAUUCUACGUCUGAAAUUUUUUUUUCAAUUAAUUUUCUAAUUUUUUUUAAAUAAUUGAUAAAAUUUUGAUUAGCUUGACAGUUGGGUCAUUAAAAAUUUUUAAAAAGCGGGGCACUGUCUGAGUGGCCUUAAAGUUAUAUAAUUAUAAUAUAAAAUAAUCAUAAAGUAGAGAAUGGAUUGAAGAAAUAAAUCAAUUAAAAGUAUUAACACUAAAUAUAAAUAA